UCGAAUCGAUCUGAUUGGCUCGACUUAACUCCGUCACGCAAAGCCAUAGGUUCUUUCUCUCUCUCUCCUCUUCCUCGCGCAAGUGGGCAGAAGGGUCCUCUCCGGGCCCAGCUUCUCACUCUGGCUGGAAGACGAGCGUACGAGCGGCCCCCCAAUUUGCAUACCAUCCUCAGUAUAAAAGGGCACCGGAUUGAUCAAGCAGCGUAUCAAAUCGACACGAUCGCUUCAACCGUGAGCAGCUCAUCCCGAUCAGCAGCUUCUCGUUGUUCGCUUUCUCUCUCUCGCUCUCGAUUGGAGUGUGCUUUGCGUGACGAGUGUGUACGAUCGUGUGCGUGCGGUGGUGUUUAUGUGGAUACGUGCACGUGUACUAAGGUGUUAGUGCGUGUUCUACACUGUUACCUUUGAGUGUGUAUGUGUGUGCUGGUGCGUGCUCAUUCAGCUUGAAGCAAGAAGUGUACGAACAUAUUUCGUGUGUACGCGUCGAUCGAAAAGAAGAGUGCGAUCAGCGUUUACGGUCUACUACCGCAUACUAACUACUACUGCUACUACUACUACUACACUAUGGAUCGUGUAAGCGUAACGCUAUUAAGCUCCAGCAGCACAGCCUACCUGAUGGUGAGCUGCUUUCUGCUCACGCUGCUGAUGCUGCUGCCCGAGCUGAAGCAGAAAGUGAUCCUGCGCAGUGAGGUGCUGCAGGCGCUCCGGCAGCUGAUCGCCAGCGUUGGCGUGACGUUCGGCACGCACGAGGACGAGCCGGUUGGGGCCGCCAGCCACGCGCUGGAGAAGCCAGCACCCGGGCCCAAAAACUAUCCCAUCAUUGGGGCGCUCAAGGAGCUGAACGGGUACGAGGUGCCGUACCAGGCGUUCAGCGACAUGGGCCAGCGGUACGGUCCCGUCACGGCCCUGCGGCUCGGCUCGGUCAACGCGGUCGUCGUGAACGGGUUCGAAAGCAUCAAGGAGGUGCUGAUCAACAAGGGUCAGCACUUUGACAGCCGGCCCAACUUCCGCCGCUAUCAGCUACUGUUUUCCGGCAACAAGGAAAACUCUCUUGCAUUCUGUGAUUGGUCGGAGGUGCAGAAGGCGCGCCGCGACAUGCUCGUGCCCCACACCUUUCCCCGCAACUACAGCGGCCGGUUCGACGAGCUGAACACGAUCGUGGUGGACGAGAUUGGGCAGAUGUUGGGCUCGGUCCAGCACGGUACCACGGUCGCAAUCAAACCGCUCGUGCUGUCGAUCUGUGCCAACGCGUUCUCGCAGUACUUCGGCAGCCACCGGUUCGAGGUGGAGGAUCCGCGCUUCCAGCAGCUGGUGCGCAACUUCGACCAGAUCUUCUACGAGGUGAACCAGGGCUAUGCGGCCGACUUUCUGCCGUUCCUGUUGCCGCUGCACCGGCAGAACCUGCGCCGCAUGGACCGGCUGGCGGAGGAGAUUCGCACCAUCAUCCUCGACACGAUCAUCGGCGACCGGUACGAGCGGUGGGGCGAGGGCAGCGAGCCCCGCGACUACGUCGACAGCCUGAUCGAGCACGUAAAGGCGGGCCGCGGCCCGGCCCUCGAGUGGGAGACGGCCCUGUUCGCGCUGGAGGACAUCGUCGGCGGCCAUUCGGCGGUCGGCAACUUCCUGGUGAAGGCGUUCGGGUACAUCGUGCAGCACCCGGAGGUGCAGCAGCGCAUCCAGGCCGAGGCGGACGGUGUGCUGGAGCGGCACGGCCGGCAGGUGAUCGAGCUGACCGAUCGGGCCGAGAUGCAGUACACGGAGGCGGUCAUCAUGGAGGCGCUUCGGCUGAUCGCGUCCCCGAUCGUGCCGCACGUCGCCAACCAGGACAGCCAGAUUGGAGGUUACACCGUGGCGAAGGAUACGCUCAUCUUCCUGAACAACUACGACCUGAGCAUGUCGCCGGCGCUGUGGGACGAGCCGGAACGCUUCCGGCCGGAGCGCUUCCUGCAGCAGGGCCGGCUGGUGAAGCCGGACUUUUUCAUCCCGUUCGGUGCGGGGCGCCGCUCGUGCAUGGGCUACCGGAUGACGCAACUGCUCAGCUUCUCGAUCAUCGCGAACCUGCUGCGCGCGUACACGAUCGCCCCGAUCGCGGGGCAGGACUAUCGGGUGCCGGUCGGAUCGCUUGCGAUGCCGGAACAGUCGUACGUCUUCAAUGUGACACCGCGCAGCUGCUGCUGCUGAAGCCCCGCUGCCUGCAGUGACGGACCAUCCAAUACUCAACACAGAAACAUUGUGCCUUUCCCAUGAUCGACUGUAAGGUUUCGGGAAGGCUAGGGAUGGGGCAGAUCGUUAGACGGGCAGGGGAGCGUGUGCCAUUUGCAUUUGCAGCCGCACAUUUCUCCAUCACCGACGAUACAGAACUGAUUAGUCGCCGUGUGUGUGGAAGGAAGAAUGCGGAUCUUGCAAAAAAAGGCGCCCCAGGGUCACGGACAGCUGAAGGGUGCGUACCGACGCUGACGACGCGUGCAGGAUGAGGUUGUAUUGUGAAAUUAUGUUAGUAUUUUAUUUUUUUUUGCCUUUAACUGUAACUUUCCACUCCAUUCGUGUGUAUUUAUAUUGAAACCUCCCCCUUCCCCCCCCCCCACUCUCACUUGUGUAUAUUACGGUAACAGGCCCUCAGGUGCACUAGGGCUGAACUCCUUUGUACCCAGGUGCAUCGAGGAGCAUGCAAACCAUGUAGGUUGCUCACUGUUAUGUUAUAAAAUGGCCAUUUGCUUUGCUGUGAUGAAGUAGAGAGGAAUGAGAGGAAAAGGAAGACAGGACCUCGGCAGCAGGAAGUAAUCUAUUCGAGGGAAACAAACGAAAAAAACAACAGUGAGUUCUUCCAGGCUUAGCGUUAAGGUGGUGUAGAACUUUGCAAACUGAUGUCCAGAUGUGUAGAGAUGCAGAGAUUACUCCUUCCCUCUCAGCAGGUGCUGGUGCAGCAAGUGUCGGCACAACAAAACUGAUUAGCGUGUAAGAAUAGGCUGAUGAAACGGAGUGACUGAGUGUGUAGACGUUGUGUUCCGAUGCGGUACAGGACGGUAUCGAACUAUACAACAGAACUUACUUGCAGAGAUCACGUGUUUCGGGUGCGAGCCAGGGCACAACACAACAGGCCAACCUGUUUGUUUGUUUGUUUGUUUUUUUAUUAGUAAACUCCACGGUACGACUGCCAAAGAGUACUGCUUGAAGUCGGUUGGUCAAUGGAUAGGAGUUGUAACGCACAUAGGAAUUGAGGAUAGAUAAUGAUUGGAAGCUGCGAAAUCGUGAAAGGAUUGGAACGAAGGAACACAACGGCGGAGGAUACCGUCGAGUCAAUCGGUAAUGUUAUUUCAGCUAGGAAAUGUUUAGAUCAAUGAUAUAUCAUCCCUUAGAGUAAUAGGAAUCAUUUCAUUUAUACAUACGCUAUAUAAAAUCGAUUGAAAAUCAAGA